AGGAAAAACCGUCCUCUCGGGUCCCCGCCUCUACUAACGCUUUACUCCCUACUCCCCCUGCGCCCACUCCACAGGCGGCUACGGAGGCCCCUAGAGCACACAUAGCCCCCAGGCCCCGGCGCAGCCUGACAGGUUUUGUCCUUUCCUACCCCCUCCAGCCCUAAGCACCAACGUUCAGUCUCUGCCAGGAACCCGGACUCCAGAGUUUGUUCGGGCUUCAGCGCCUUCAACAUUCUUCACGGAAGUAAAAGUGGUUUGGUGGUGUUCCCCCCCCCCCCACCUCCUGCUGUGGCCGCCCGCAUUCCUCCCCUCCCACCUCGCAGAACUGUGGCGGGAGGGGGAGGAGGAAGCUAAGGCGCCUGCGCGGAGAGGCCGCUUUCCAUCCGGGUCCCUGUUCGUGCGGUGCAGCAGGUCGGUAGGCGGGAAAUGGCGACUGGCUGAAGGAGCUGGUUCUGUUGCUGCUGCGGGCUAAGCGGGAAAGACACCACACGUUGCGCAGUCGGAACCAUUGCCGGAGACCGAGGACACUUCUCUGUCGUCACAGUUAGUUUUACAUGUGGCACCCAUAAAAAAUGAGGCUGAGAACAAGGAAAACUUCUCAGCAAUCAAAUCAAAUCCAAACCCAACGCACUGCCAGAGCAAAGAGGAAAUACUCAGAGGUUGAUGAUAGCCUACCCUCAGGAGGAGAAAAACCACCCAAGAAUGAAACUGGCUUGUUGUCUUCAAUUAAAAAGUUCAUUAAAGGAAGCACACCCAAGGAAGAGAGAGAAAAUCCUUCGAAACGGAGUAGAAUUGAGCGGGAUGUAGAUAAUAAUUUGAUCACAUCAACUCCAAGAACAGGAGAAAAGCCUAACAAACAGAUAUCUCGAGUAAGACGGAAAAGUCAAGUAAAUGGAGAAGCUGGUAGUUACGAAAUGACAAAUCAACAUGUAAAGCAAAAUGGAAAAUUAGAAGAUAGUCCUUCUUCUGGCAGUCCUCCAAGGACUACAUUGUUGGGGACCAUAUUUUCUCCUGUCUUCAACUUUUUUUCACCAGCAAAUAAAAAUGGAACAUCAGGAUCAGAUUCCCCAGGACAGGCUGUGGAAGCGGAAGAGAUAGUAAAACAACUUGACAUGGAACAGGUGGAUGAGAUCACUACCAGCACUACUACAUCAACUAAUGGAGCAACUUACUCAAAUCAAGCAGUUCAAGUGAGGCCGUCGAUAAAUAAUGGUUUAGAAGAAGCAGAAGAAACUGUUCAUCGUGAUAUUCCACCCCUUACAGCACCAGUAACUCCAGAGAGUGGUUAUUCAUCAGCUCACGCAGAGGCCACCUAUGAAGAAGACUGGGAAGUAUUUGACCCUUAUUAUUUCAUCAAACAUGUUCCACCACUGACUGAAGAACAGCUUAAUAGGAAACCUGCUCUUCCAUUGAAAACAAGAAGCACACCAGAAUUCUCCCUAGUUUUAGACCUGGAUGAAACACUAGUGCACUGUAGUCUAAAUGAGUUAGAAGAUGCAGCACUUACUUUUCCAGUUCUUUUCCAAGACGUCAUUUACCAGGUUUACGUGAGGUUAAGACCAUUCUUCAGGGAAUUCUUGGAACGAAUGUCUCAGAUGUAUGAGAUCAUUCUUUUUACUGCUUCUAAGAAGGUGUAUGCAGACAAGUUACUGAACAUACUAGACCCUAAAAAGCAACUGGUCAGGCAUCGGCUUUUCCGUGAACAUUGUGUUUGUGUACAAGGAAACUAUAUAAAGGACUUAAAUAUCCUUGGAAGAGAUCUUUCAAAAACUAUAAUAAUUGACAACUCACCGCAAGCCUUUGCAUAUCAGCUUUCUAAUGGAAUCCCUAUAGAAAGCUGGUUUAUGGAUAAAAAUGACAAUGAACUUCUAAAAUUGAUUCCAUUUCUGGAGAAGCUUGUAGAACUGAAUGAAGAUGUCCGACCUCACAUCAGAGACAGAUUUCGCUUGCAUGAUUUGCUGCCCCCAGAUUAAGUACAGAGACUUGUCAAAUCACUGAAGGGGGAGAGAAUGCAGGACCCUUUUGGACUAAGACAAAAACAUUGCCAUUACUGUUGAAAUUUUGCAUUUUUGUACCCCGUCUUGCUUUUUCUUAUCUUUGGUGCCCAAUAAUAAUCAAGGGUUACAGAAAGAGACUUUAUCUAUAUCAGAUUGAAUACAUACAGUAGGUAGGCUAAAACAGAAGAGUCUUUAGAACUAGUGCAACUCCAGUGAAAUUUUUUUAUGUACAGGACAUCUGCAGUUUAUAAAGAAUUCUGUUUCUGCCACCAGCAGUUUGACCUGUAGUCACACAGGAUUUUAUGAUAAUAACAGAGAUGAAAAUGGACUUUUAUUUUCUCUCUGUUUGGUGCUCUAAGUGGGUUUGUAGCCACUUUUCUGUUACUUUAUGAUUCUCAUUUCAACAGGAAUGGCCAGUAAAAGUUGUUUUAUUUUUCCUGUUAAGGUUUAUAACCUUUUUACAUUGUUGACCUGUAUUAGAUUAGAAUUUCAUUAUGCAUUCCUUUUAGUUGAGGCGCUUCAUAGUUUUCUGGAAAUAGUCAAGUCAGUUUUUAGUUUUUUAUUAUACAUUUGAAUGGCCGUUUUCCUGCUUUGUCUGCCUGCACAUUGUAUAUUUGUUUAAAAAUAUUCUCUACUUUUAGUCCAUGUAAGUUUCAUUUAGAAAGACAUGCAUUUAUAUUUUGUUUCUGUAAUAUUCUACUGUCAGUGAAAUCUUUUCAGAAAUCAAGAGACUGGGUAGAAAAGAAUAUACAAAUGACUAAUAUUCAAAAGAUUUAAACCAUUGUGAUGGCGUGUAUUCCCAAAUGGUAAUAUCUUGGCAAUGGCACACAGAUUUAAUGGAUAAAGGUAUACCUCAGACUUCACUGUGUUCACCAAUCUUUGAGGAGAAUGAGUUUGGUCACCUGUUGGGCUUGAUUUAGUUACUGCUGCCUUUGGUUUUCUCCAGGAAUGAAGUAUUCAGCACAGUGACUCAGUAUUUUUAGUUCUUUUGCAUGGGCUGGUAGUACCUCUGUUAUGCUCUCGGUUACAAUCAGUUUUAAAAUUCUGUGUAACAGUCUUGGUACCUAACAGUAGCUAUGCAUAAUUCCUGUGGCACAGUACACUCCCAAGCCACCAGUGCAGUUAAUAUGCUCUCAUAGUGGUUUUCUAUGCUAUAUGAAAAUAGUCAUCAAGCCUUGGUUCUCUAAUGCAGCUACCACAAGAGGUUGAUAUUUUUAUAGUGGUGUGUAAUCUCCUUUUCGGGAGGCUUUUUAUGGAAGGUAGAAUUUGUAAAAGUUAGUAUGCUUUGCCUCUCAACUGCAUUGACAUGCCACAGGCUCAGACUGUUUUUAUGUAAAGGAUGUCAAAGAACGGCACUUUUUCUAAAGAGAAGUUUGAUAUUUUGUAUGCUUGUUAAGAAAGUACAGUAUUGGAAAUUAAAGGUGGACAACUGAUAAUUGAGGAGUAUGUCAAUUAAUUUUUUAUGUAUAUUACCUGUUUACUUGUACAACUUAUUGUACAAAUUACAUGCAGCUUCAUUUUCAAAUGAAUCCUUAAAAUAAGGAAAUCUUUUUAGGAAACAUUUAAUUUUUUGUAUUUUUGAUUUUAAAGGCAUGAGUUAUGUCAGUUUUCAGUGUAUUAAUGAAGAUUUUAACUUUUCAUCAGGUUAAGUGUUUUCUUACUAUAUUAUCUGUUGUGUAUGUAGUUAGCAUAUUGUGUCACUGAACUGUUUAAAAAUCUAGCAUGUAGAGCAAGCCUGUUUUGUGGAAAAUCCUUAUUCAUUAAAAAAUAAUCAUGGCAGAUUUUCUGCAAAAAAAAAAAGCAAAAGCAUUUGCAAUUCAGAAUACUGAUUUUUUUUUUUUAAUUUAAAGAAAGGUAUUUUGCUUGCAGGAAAAAGUACUACGGAUUCAUUUUAAUGAGAAUCUUUGAAAUGUAUUUAUCUUUAGGGCAUCUGGGCAUCUUUAUGCUGUUUGUCUUCUGUCUUUCUUGAAAUAAAAUGUACAUACGUUACCUUUACAUACGCUCUUGCUCAAAAUUGUGAACCUAGUUACAUUUCUCCUUGCUCCCUUCAUUUUUAUGCUCAAGCAGCAAAACCUAUACAAGAUCUGAACCUUCAGCAUGCAUCAUAAUUGCUGAAAGUUUUCCUUACUAAGUAAAUAUAGUCUCAAAGGGCUUUCCCAUAACUUGAAGGGAAUUAAAAGCACCUGUACCAUUGUGCCUGUGGGCACAGUUUUAUGUAAUAACUUAAAAAAAAAAAAAAAACUUUAAUCAUCUUUUAUUAUGGUAAGGUUGUUUUCAGUCCCGUGCUAGAGUUCCUUUAAGUCAACCGAAAAAAAUGAAUCAAGCAUAUAACAAAUUUCCAUAAAGAAAUUAAGGGAAUUUUAUAUGGCCUGAAAAAAUUUAUUGAGAGCAAAUUAAUAUAUAUAUAUUUUUUCAUUACUUUAUUUGGAUUUUAAAUUUGUUAAUACAAAAGUUAAAAUAAAUUAUAAAGAGACAAUUUAGCCAGCUUCCUUCUGCUUUAAUGUUUUAUCUUCCUAUUAUCCCUUCUUUGUAUGGUGGUAGAUGUUAAACACUUCCAUUUAGUUGACUGGAGGUGUGUAUUUUUUGAACUGAGAUGUGCCCAGUCCCUUCAGCUCAUACAGGAAACACAAAUUCAAAAAACUGACUAUAGUAAAUGCAGGAGAGAUGGAUACCUGAUGUGACCUACAUACACAUAACAGCUCUGAAGUACAUAUUAAAAUUGUGCUAUUUCCAGUGAUAAAAUGUCUGACUUUUAAAGCAUUCUUUUAAAUAUUUGUAUCAUUAUUAGAGAAGAUGUUUUAAAUAAGUUGCUUUUGAAUUCCAUGUAAUAUAUGUAGCCCUAAUCAGAUUUAUAUCACCAUAUUUCUCUUUGGGUCCUAUGAGGGGAAUUGGUGACAAUUCAUAACCAUAAAUUGUUUUAUAUUAGCUAGUAUGUAUAUUUAUUUACCUGAUGGCUUUAUCUGUUUCCCAAAAAUUUGUUUGGGAUUUGUUGAAAGCAUUGUGUAACUUCUAUAAAUGGCUAUUUUCUUGUAACUGUCAGUGAAAUGGAUGUGUACAUUGUUUUUUAUAUUUCUCUGUUUUUUUUUUUGUUGUUGUUGUUUAUUUUCUGAGGGUUAACCGAGUGGCUUUCUUAAGAAAUUAUUUGGCCAAUGCCUUUUUCAGCUAGAUAUCACUUCACUUUCAUUCAGCCUCCUAAAGAAGUUCAUUUCUCAGUGUUUUGUUCGGUCAACUUGCCUGAAAAAUAGAGACUUCAUCUCAUCAAUGAAGAAAGCAUUUCAUUAUUUCUACAAAUCUUUCCAGCGAGCACAGAAUUCUUCAUAAGGACCAGAUCUCUUCUACGUCUGUGUCAAUCACAUAAAGCUGAAAUGUAAAGGACACUGAAGCCUUUAUUUAAUUGUACUAAUAUGAUGGUGUUAUAUAAUACAUCAUUAGCUAGUUAAGGUUUCCUGAUCUGACUUCUGAGUUGUCUUCCUAGGUAUUUAUUUGUUAUACUUUUAAUCUUGUGUAUCUAAAUUAACUUAGAUAAUAGUUACCCACUGAAUAACUAUGCCAAGCAACUAGGAAAGAAUGUUUAUUUUAUUUCCCCUUAUAGGGGAAGAGUGGACUGGGAACAAAAAUGUAUGGGCCAAAAGGCCUUAGGUUGUCAUUCAUUCACUUUCUUAUUCCUCUCAUGAGCUAUAUAUGAGUAUAUUUUUUCAGUGCUGAUAUGCUUAUGUCAUUACUUUACAUGUCUUCCCCUGAGUUGAAAGCCUGCUAAUACAUUUAAAGUAAGAACCACAAAACUCAGUGUCUUAUAUUUAAAUGCUACUUAAAUUAUUAUUGAAAUCCAAGUCUCACUAACAGGGAUACAUUUUUAUAAAAUGUUUCUCUGUAUCUUGAAUUGCCCAGAGGCAAGAGGUCUGGGGGUAUAACAUGUUUUGAGAUCUUUUUAAAAAAGAUAUAAGAGCAAGUUUAUACUAGUUAGUUGAUGGGUUUGAUGUUAGUAUUUUAAGAUCUGUUCCCAAACCUGACUUGAUUAGGAUUACUCAAAGGAGCUUUUAAAACAAGAUUCCUGAGGCUUACCCCUGGGAAAUGAUGUCUAAAAUGGGGCCUGAGAGUUCUGUAUUGUUCUCCAGUGUUCUAAUAAUCAGGUUUGGAAAAGCUCUGUUCAAAUAACAUGACAGUGGUUUAAAAGUAGGCAACAAAAUAAAAGCUUACUAGACUUCU